AUGUGGAACCUGGAGAGAUUCCAGAAUGAUAUUCGCACCUCAGUGGAGCAGAUGCUUACACUAUUAGAGGAGCGCUCCCAAGGACACAUUGUGGACAACAUGGCACCAGAGAUUUUGGAGAGGCCAUAUUUGAAUGAAAUGAGAAGACUUGUUAACAUAUUAGUUGGACACAUGGUUGAGAACCAUGGGAGGAUUCCAACAAGGCACCAGAGAGAGCAAUAUGCUCUUGGCAUUGUGACACUUUUCCCAUCAUUGGGGGAGCCUCAAAGAAAGGCUAUGAGCACUUUUACGAUCCUGAUGGUGUCCUGCAACAGCAUUGAUGAACACCUUCGGAAAAGAGGUCAACAGCCAUACCUGUUUGGUGUAGGUGGAUCCCCCCGCCUGAUUGACCACUUCUACAUAGCUCUUGAUAAGAAGCUUAUUCCUUGCCUGGCUGGUGGUUCCCUUUCUGCAUUUGAUGAACUAUUCAAAACCCACUUUGUGUUCAGCGUAAUGCAUGAUGAUGCACUCCUUAAUUUCUACACUUUCAUGCAGACAACAGUGUACAGAAUUGAUAUUGGGAUAACUAAAGAAGCUCCAAGAGUGAAAGAACUGCGAGCAAAACUGCUAAACUAG